ACGCACAUGCGCACUCAUCGUGUUCUGACAUAUUUCUUUGAUUUCGUAUCACUUUUUUUUUCAAUAUUCGCAUCAAAAUGUUUUUUAUUUCAUUGCAUUGUCAUUUUCAUACCUGGUGUUGUUCAUAGUGUAACAAUAAUCAGUUCUUUUAUAGCUUAUUACUCCGUUGCCCUUGGUGAAUAUGAAGCUAAAAUGGCGACCAAAACUCCAUCUGUCAAAACGAAAAGAAGAUGAUGUUUCAGUGUAAUAUGAUGUUCUCCCAUUGCCAUUUUGGGAAUCAUUUGACAUGAAACAGUAUCGAUUACGAAUCAUGUCAUGUAUUGUUUGGACUACAGUUAUGAAACGUUUUCGACCGAAGAUUGUGCCAGUUUUUGUCUGUGAUAUUUUGGCCUGCACCCACGACAGGUAAAAGUUCGUGAUAGUUCACUGCAAUGCAAAUGUUUGAAAUAUAUUUGUGAAAUGUCGGACCAGGAAUCCGUCACUGAAUCUGGUACGGAUACUGACGAAUAUGAUGAUGAUGAUGAAUUUCAAAACUCAGAAUACCAUUUCGCUCAUUGUGUAAUUCCCGAUGAAGAAGGAAAAAAGCAGGAAGUAAAUUCAUCCAAAGUAAAUUUACUUGAUGCUUUGCUGGAGUCAAGUGAAGAUGGGUUGUACCCACGUUACAAAGUGCAUAACAUUUAUUCAGAUGAUUGGGAUGAAUCAGUGACUGGAUGGAAGGACGUCGUCCCAAAUCCAAAAUAUCACACACAAAAAAAACGGCGAAAAAAUGUGGAAUCAGGACAUUACAAAGUUGCAAGCUCUGGAGUUAAGAGUAUUGCUGAUGUGAAAAGGGAAGAACAUGAGACACGAGCUGUGUGGAAAUCUAAUGUCGAACCUGUCACCUACAGAUAUGUUCAGAAUAAUGGCCAGUAUCGGUUGCAUAAAUUUUGCAAAGAGGACAGAGACUGGUAUACUGUGAGAAGGAAAAAUGCAGAAAGAGUCUCACCUUCAUUGAAGACCAGGUACAUGCAAAGGGAAAUAAAACGACAGCUGAAAAAGGAUUUCUGUAGAAAGUCAGUUCCAGAUGAGAGUGAUUCACAAGGUAAUCACACUAAAAGAUCCCAAAGUACCAAUUCUGAAGGACAUAGGAGAAGAACAUCAUCAGCAUAUUCCAGCUUGAUGAAGAGUGCUAGUGAUUUAUAUAUAGAAAACAUAUCGUCCCGUCUGGAUGAACUUGACCAAGAAAUUAAGAGGGAUUCUCAGCUUAGGAAAAGCCAGGAUGAGCAAAGUAGAAUGUUUCCUUAUAAUUUAAUGAAAGGGAAACAUAACUCGAAAUUGAGAGACACUUCCGCAAGAGCUUCAGAUGAUACACAGAGUGCUUUCAUCAUCACUCCAGUUGGACGUCAGGAUGCUUUAAGGCCACUUGAAAAGAUUACACCGCAGCAGCGAAUGAAAGAAGAUUUGGUGAGAUUCCCGGAACAGACACAGCAAGAAUGUGGAGGCGGUGAUACUUGCGAAAAUGACAAUCAACCCCGAAAACAAAGUGGAGAUCAUUCUGAUGCUGAUGUUGAUAGACUUCGGAUUUUGCCUCUUUCAGAAACAUCUAAUGCAUACAUUGGUCAGAUUAUAAAAGGCAAACAGGAGAGUUCAAGCGUCCUUGGAACAUCAAAACUGCCACUUGGAAAAAGAAUUGGAAGUCGUGGUGUGACGUCAGUGGUUGUAGAUAAUGUUGGUCUCAGUGAUCAAGAGAGGAGUACUCACCAUUCUAGAAGUAGAAACAUCCAUGACCCGAACUUGCCAGAGAUUGCAGGGCGAAGACUAGAAGUUGCAGUUACAAAUUUCAGAUUCCUUUAGAUAUGCGUAAUCCUGACUACUUUAUCGUCAUAAUCUAACAAGAUUAAGGCCAUCAAGUCAGGUUUAAGUUGGGUGGUUGAAAAAUAUGAACUAAAUUGUCAGGAAUUUCCUGGAUCUCCAUUGAAAUAAAUAAUUGUGAUAGAAAGGACAUGAUAGCUGUAUUCAGAAUAUAUAUCUAUAUCAUGUACAUGGUAGGACGCUAAUAUACAUCUAUCUUUUGGUUCAUUGCAUUACUCUGGUCCACAAUACGAGUACUGUUAUCCCAACCAUACUGUACUCAGUAAUCAGUGACCUCCAUGUAUAAAAGUAUGGCAUAUGAACAUCAUUUGUAAAACUCUUUUCUACUGGUAUGUACAAAAAGUCUCAAGCCACAGAUUAAAUCAAGUCUACAAAAACGAUUAAAUUUGAAAUUCUAUUUCUUAAGUUGAGUAUAUAGGCAGCCACUUGACACUGAUAUCGUGUAAGCUUUAUGUGUUGGUAUGUUACCCUUUCCAUUUUCAGUUUCAAGUUCAUGGCAAAUUAUUGACAUUCUUCCUCAAGUUUCAUGUUCAGAAUGUUGCGAUGAUUUUAAUUGUGUUCAUGAUGCUAUGCAGCCAAGUGUUUAUGGCUUUCUCAAUAUUCAUGAUCAUAAUGGAUGUGGAGACUGUCCAUUUGUUUUGAUGUCAAGAAUGUGAAGAUGCAUGUUCAUGAUGUGUUAAUUACCAAUGUACAUGAUCUCAAGAUGCAUGUUCAUGGAGGCCCCAAGCUCAUGUGUUCAUGACCAAUGUUCAUGAACUCAAAAUGCAUGUUCAUUAUAAUGGAGGUCCCAUUCUCAUGAUGUGUUAAUGACCAAUGUUCAUGAACUCAAGAUGGAUGUCCAUGAUCACGGAGGCCCCCAUGUUCAUGAUGUGAAUACCCAAUGUUCAUGAAUGUCUGAAAUGUUAAGAUGCAUGUUCAUGAAAUUAUAAAGAUUGCCUUCCUCUCUUGUGAUGCAGGAACAUUU